AUGAAUGAGAAUAUAUGCAGAGAUUGUAAAAUGACAUUUGAAUCAAGUGAAUAAUUGGCAAAUCAUGUUAAAAGAGUAUUAAAGCAUAAAUUGAUGAUAGUUUUGUAUAAAUUCUGAUUAUGGUAAUUUAAAUAAAUUGGAACAGAAGCAUGAUUAUGUUACUAAACCUGCAUAUCCAGAAUUGAAACCAAGUUUAAAACAAUAGGAUCCAUCAUCACUUAAAAAUUACGGUGGAUAUACAUUAGUAUGUAGAUUUAAUAAAUCAGGACUAAAUCAAAUCUAAUCUUAAAACUAAUGAUGAUGAUUUUAAAAAAUUAGAAAAUGCUGUCUUGAGGAAGAGAGAGGACGAAUUAAUUGAUUAAAUAGAUAAACUAAAAUAGGACAGAUAAUAAAUGCGUGUUGUUAGCGAUGAAGAUGAACAUAUUUAUUCAAUACUGUUACAAGAAUUAGAAUUGAAAAAGGAGAGAGAGUUUCAGUGUAGAAUUGAAAAAGAGUAAAUACGCAAAUUGAUCAAUGAAAUAGAUUCAUGGAAGAUGUCCGUCUUGGAGGAAUAAAAGAAAUAGAUGCUUGAAAAACUAUUAGUUGAAAGAGAAGAUUUAAAAAAUAAAUAGUUAUAAUUGAUAGAAGACAUAAGACUAUUUACUAGAGGACAUAAAACAUUCUAUUCAAUGGAAUAAGCUUAAAAAGUUACUGAUAAUAGAAUAAUAGCAUCAGCCUAAUAUUCAGAGGCAAAAUAAUAAUUAGUAAAACUUCACACAAGAUUAGAAUAUAGUGAUGCAGAGAGAAAUAGGAUUUUGGAUAAUGUGGAAAGAAUAAAAUUAGGAGAUUUUGGAGAAGUAAGGAGAGGAGAAUCUUCAAAGAAUAGUAUAAGAAAUAGCUAAUAAAUAUUAAAUGAUUAAAGUUAGAUAAGAAAUCAUUAGAAUUAUGAAGAGAUAGCUAGGAUGAAAGAGAAGAUAGCAUAAGAUGCUUAGAGAUUAGAUCAAUUGAAAAGAGAAUAAAUGGAACGAGUAGAUAGAUUAAAAACAUCAAGACCUCAAUCUCAUUUAUCAAAUUAAGUGAUAGAUGAAUUACAAUAAUUGAAGAAUGACUAUUAAUAGGCAGGAGGUUAAGAUCCUAAGUUUUUAAAGGAUGUUAAUAAUUUAGAAUCAUUUUAUAAAGGAGCAGUUUAAUAACCAUAAUAAUAAUAAUAAUAAUAAUAAUAAUCGUAAUUAAAUUAAUUUUAAGUAUAAUAGUAGCAACCAAUAUAAUUAUUUUAAUAAUAAUAACCUAUGUUUAUAAAUGCUUAAUAAUAAGAUAUGAAUUCAUUAAAAGAGAAGAAGAAAGAUUUUAAUGAUCCUUUCUAAUAAUUUUCAAGAAAGAAAGAGUUUUUUUUAUAAAAUAAUGUAAGAGGAGUUGAUUUGACAAGAGAAGAAUAAAUAUUAAUGAAUUUAUAAGCUUAGGAAGUAGAUGCUUUGAGAAUGAUUUCAAGAAUUCCAAUAGGUACAGAGAUAUACAGAUUUAAGAUGGAAUAAUAUAAGGAAUUGUCAACAAUGAGAGCAGAGAUGGAAAAGAUAAUUUAAGAAUAAAGAUUAUAGAGAGUAAGAAGAAAUUUUGAGAAGAAGAGAAGAGAAAAGGAUAAAGAAUUUGAGAAUAAUAAAUGGGUAGAUGAUUAAAGGAAAUUUAUAAUAGAGAAUAGAUUGAGAAAUGAUUUUGGAGAGGUUAGAAAAGAGAGUCAUUUAUAUGAUCCAGCUGAAGGAUUAGUAAUUCAUUGGGAUUAUGUAUUAGGAUUACCAAGAAAAACUAAAUUAGCAUAAUUUGUUUUUGCAGUAUUUAAUAAUAUGCAAUAAUUAAAUUAACCAAAAUUAAUAGAACCUUAUGAUUGUGAAAUAGAAGGAGAGAGUUCAAAUAGAGUAUUGAUAGGAGAAACUAGUUAAUUAUAUGAGAUUCCUGCUCAUUAAGAAGUAUUAUUAAUAAUUGAAGUUUAAUUACCAGUAAGUAAAAGAUUAGAAGAAAACAUUGGUAAGACUUAAUCAUAUGGUUGGACAUAAAUAGAUUUAUUUGAUUAACAAAGAUAAUUAAAGAGAGGCAAAUUUAAAUGUCCAUUAUAUAAAGGACCAACAGAUGCUACUAUUACAAUAGAAAAUAUUGCAAAGUUAGAACCUAUUCCUAAUGCAUGGUUUCAUAUGAGAAUUACAUAUCCAAAUGACGAAGAUUUAGGAUAAGUUAGAUCUAUAUAUCCAGAAUAAACAGCUAUGGAAUAUAAUAUACCAUAUAUUCAUUUAAGAAGCUUAUUUGAUAGAAAUUAUGAAGCUGCUAUUGAAGGGAAGGAACCAAAGAAUAAAGAUAAUGGAGAAUUCAGUUUAAAUGGUUAAAAUUAUAAAGUAACAGAAGAAGUUGAAGUCUUUGGAAAUAAAAGAAAAGCUACUCCAUAAUUAAAAGAAUAUGUAUUAAAGGGAGAUAUGAGAAAAGGUUAUAGAAUUUAAAUACAUUUCAUUUAAAAUAAGAUUGCUAAUAAUUUUAUGAGAGUUCUUUGUACAGCAUUUUAAGAAUAACAAGUAAUGUAUGAUCCUAGUGGAUAACCACUUGCAUUUAAUACUACUAUUCAUGAUCCUAGUAGUCCUAAUCCUGGAUAAAAUACAGAAUCUAAUCCAUUACCACUUGUUGAAGCAGAUCCUUAAAUGAAAGGAAUUAGUAAUAAAGCAGCUAGAUCUAUUCUUAUUGAAUUCAAUGAAGAAUUUCGCUUUUUUUAUAAUUUCUAAGAAUAAGCUAUGAUGACUGGAAAAGUAUUAUUAUUAUUAUCAUAAUUAUUUAGACUAUUUAUCUUGGAUUUUAAGUAAUUGAAAAGAAUGCAUCUUAAGGAGGAGUGAAUACUACUAUGACCAUGGGAGAUUAUGAAGUUAUUGGUUGGUCUUUUAUACUAUUUGUUAAACCUGAUGGUAGUGUUAGAACUGGUAGAAAUACUUUAAAUCUAUAUAAUCCUCCAAUUAAAAGACCUCCAUUAGAUGAAUCUAAUGUAAUUACUCUCUCUAUUCUAAUAGUUAUCACAAUCUGGAAUCAAAUUAGAUUAUUCCUUGUAUGACUUUGAAUAUAAUGAUGAAGAUAUGAUCAAAUGGAAAAAUUAAAGAGUCUUUUGA